AAAUGGUCGCGGUGGAUGGGGAGCUGGAGAGACGCCGGAGCCGAGGGGCGGGUGAAGGCCAUGCCGCCCCCUGGGAAAGUUCCCCGAAAGGAGAACCUGGGGCUGCAGUGUGAGUGGGGGUCCUGCUCCUUUGUGUGCUCAGCCAUGGAGGAGUUCUGCGAGCAUGUCACUCAGCACCUGCAGAAGCACCUGCACAGCUCGGGGGAGGAGGAGGAGGAAGAGGAGGAGGACUUGCUGGAGGAAGAAUUCUCCUGCUUAUGGCAGGAGUGUGGCUUUUGUUCUCUGGACAGUUCUGCUGACCUUGUCCGCCACGUCUACUUCCACUGCUACCACACGAAGCUGAAGCAGUGGGGGCUGCAGGCCCUGCAGAGCCAGGCCGACCUCAGCCCUUGCAUCCUGGACUUCCACAGCCGCAACAUCAUCCCUGACAUCCCUGACCACUUCCUGUGUCUGUGGGAGCAUUGUGAGAGCGCCUUCGACAAUCCUGAGUGGUUCUACCGGCACGUGGAAGCGCAUAGCCUGUGCUGUGAAUACAAAGCCGUGGGCAAGGACAACCAUGUGGUGCUGUGUGGCUGGAAAGGCUGUACCUGUACCUUUAAGGACCACUGUAAGCUUCGCGAGCACCUCCGCAGCCACACCCAGGAGAAGGUGGCGGCCUGCCCCACCUGCGGCGGCAUGUUUGCCAACAACACCAAGUUCUUAGACCACAUCCGUCGCCAGACCUCACUGGACCAGCAACGCUUCCAGUGCUCUCACUGCUCCAAGAGGUUUGCCACUGAGAGGCUGUUGCGGGACCACAUGCGUAACCAUGUGAACCACUACAAGUGCCCUCUGUGCGAUAUGACCUGUCCCCUGCCAUCCUCCCUCCGCAACCACAUGCGCUUUCGCCACAGCGAGGACCGGCCCUUUAAAUGCGACUGCUGUGACUACAGCUGCAAGAAUCUGAUUGACCUCCGGAAGCACCUGGAUACCCAUAGCAAGGAGCCAGCCUACAGGUGUGAUUUUGAGACCUGCACCUUCAGCGCCCGAGCCCUCUGCUCCGUCAAGUCCCAUUACCGGAAAGUGCAUGAAGGUUAGUCAGAGCCAAGGUACAAAUGCCACGUGUGUGACAAAUGCUUCACCAGGGGUAACAACCUCACCGUACAUCUUCGCAAGAAGCACCAGUUCAAGUGGCCCUCGGGGCACCCCCGUUUUCGCUGCAAGAAUCUGAUUGACCUCCGGAAGCACCUGGAUACCCAUAGCAAGGAGCCAGCCUACAGGUGUGAUUUUGAGAACUGCAACUUCAGCGCCCGAGCCCUCUGCUCCGUCAAGUCCCAUUACCGGAAAGUGCAUGAAGGUUACUCAGAGCCAAGGUACAAAUGCCACGUGUGUGACAAAUGCUUCACCAGGGGUAACAACCUCACCGUACAUCUUCGCAAGAAGCACCAGUUCAAGUGGCCCUCGGGGCACCCCCGUUUUCGGUACAAGGAGCAUGAGGACAGCUACAUGCGGCUGCAGCUGGUUCGCUAUGAAAGUGUGGAACUGACACAGCAACUGCUGCGGCAACCACAGGAAGGCUCGGACCUGGGAGCGGCCCUGAACGAGAGCAGCCUACAGAGCAUCAUUCUAGAAACAGUACCUGGGGAGUCGGGGCCCCAGCACGAGGCAGAAGAGGAGGGCCGAGGUGGGGAGGACAGCCUCUCAGCCUCUCAGGACACCUCCAGUCCUGUCAUCCAUGUGGUGAAUCAGGCCAGUGCCCAGGAGAUUGUCUACUAUGUGCUGUCCAAAGCCCCGGGAGAGUCCUCCGCCAGCCCCUGAGUCCCCCUCGGGGCAUCAUGGAGAAGCUUCAGGGAGUAGCUGGGAACCAGAAGUCCAGGUGGUCUGAAGGCGGUCGAGCAGCAACAUUCCUAGCCCGGGCUGGGUUUGAGCCAGGCUGGUGGCAGUGCCCCUUGGGGCAGCC